CCGCACCCAGUCCACUCCAGACCCAGACCGCCAGACACGGAGCACGGCCCUGUACAGCAGGGCCCCGGCCCGACCGCCUCCCACAAUGGAGAAAUGGAGAGCAAUCACAUGUCCGGCUACUCCCAGCGGUUCGCUCCCCAUUGUCUCCCCGUCUCCCUCGGGGGAGGGUUUUCUUUGAACGAUCUACCUCCCAGCUCUUCUAUUUUAACCGGCCAAAAAAAUCACAGUCAAAGCCCGCUGCAGAACCGGUCCAUGUGAAGUUGGCUGCCGCGAAUCCAGCGCGUAAAUUGCACCAUUUAUUUUCCCCUUCCCCCCCCCCCCUCCUCCUCCUCCUCGCUGCCCGCUUUAUUAAUCGGAGUUCUCGCCGCUUUCACUUCUAGGAUGCCUAUGCCGAGUCGAGUGUGGAGCAGCCGCCUGACUCUCGGCGAUGGCUGACGGCGGCCAGGAGCUGCCGGCCUUCUCCCGCCCCCCUUCCUGCUCCAUGGCCGUGCAUUGAUUGAGGCGUCGCUGCGAACUGCAGGCUGCCUGCCCAACGGAUUGCAAGCGCAUACCUCUUGUCGUGUAUCCACACACGUACACACACACACACUUCGCCAUGGACGGGAAAAAAAUUGAUGACAUCGCCCCCGGCCGUCUUCGCCGCCUUGAAGACAACAAUGGCGUGAUGAAGUCUCCUCCAUCCUGCCUCAAGUCCGGGAACGUCAAGGUCUAUCUGAAAAAGUGGAGCAUCUGGGACAAAUUUUACAACUUGGGUACCGAGAUGAGAAUGUCCAAACGGGGAAGGUUUAUGUUUCCAUACUGUGAAUAUUCAGUCUCCGGGCUGGAUCCCGAGAAAAAGUACAUCAUGGCAAUGGAUAUCUCUCCAGUGGACAGCUACCGCUACAGAUACAAUGGAUGCAAAUGGCAGAUAAAUGGGAAAGCAACCCCACAUGUAAUGGGGAGGCUUUAUUUCCAUCCAAAUGGGAGUGUUUCUGGAAAAGAAUGGAUGCUUAAGACGUUGUCUUUUGCCAAACUCAGAUUGACCAAUUGCCCUACAGCAGAAGAAGGCAAUGCAAUCCUUCAUUCAAUGCAUCGAUACAUCCCCCAAUUCCACAUUAUUGUAACUGAUGGAAUCAUUGAGAAGCUAAACCUGAAUGAUCCCCGUGUCUACACAUUUGUCUUUCAACAAACUGAGUUCUUUGCUGUGACAAAGUAUGAAAAUAAAUUUAUCAGGCAGCUAAAACACUUCUAUAAUCCCUAUGGCACUGCACUACGUGACCUAAAGACCUCCAAACAGGAUGGUGUGAAUAGCCGAAAGGCUAGGAAGCGAUGUGAAAAGAAGUCUUUCCUCAAUGUAGUAAAAAUACACGAUACCACAAAUAAUAAUGAGGAGUCUGAGCAGAAACUGAAGGCAAUUAUUCCCCUAAAGGAUGGUGCAGGAAAAACCCAAGAAUGUACAAAUAACCAAGGACUUAUGAAACAAAUGAGAAAAAUUCCACCUGUAGAAAAUGUACUUCAAAUAAAACAGUCAUUCAGUUUUGAAGAUUCUCAGGACAGGAUAGCGGAGAUUGAAAAUCUUGAACAGAAACUACGGGAUGAGCUGAUAUGGAAUGGAUCACAUGAAAUACUGCAUCCAGUUUUACAAAAAUCUGGCAUAAAACUAAGUGGCCUUCAGAUCACCGAAUGGCUAAACUUGAAACAUUUAGGACAUGCUUUGUAUCAUGGACACUCUGUUACCAGUUCUGAGCAGAAUGCUGAAUUGAAUUAUUCCUCCUUUUCUGGAGCUGAGUCACAUGGAAUGCGGGAAUCCGGAAUUCCAUUUAUCUCCCGGACAGGAAAAACCAAUGAUCUCACCAAGAUUAAGGGUUGGAAGAACAAAUUUAAUCUGCAGCCAGGGUCACCUGAUGACAAACCAAACCCAUUACCUUCAAGCGCCACCACUACAGUUAUUAAAAAUAGAUCAGCAUUUGUUAGUGAUCUGCUGGAUGAAUACCUGGAAAAAGAAGGGAAGAUUAUUGAACAGCAAUCUCUGCUGUAUGACUACGAGAUGCCUGAGAUUGGUUGUCGUACUCCGAACCUCUUUGAUUCACCAUGUAGUAUUCAACAAAACCUUAUUACUCAUUCACCUGACUUGGCUCUGCCACCAAAAAACAAAUCUGCACAUUUGGAAAUGCCACCUGUGCUGGAGAAACACUUCAGCGUUACAAACAAAGGGAUAUUCAUCAGAGAUGUACAAAGCAACAGCGUGCGUGGGAAAAAAAGGCGUAAAAAGCAUAACAGCAGCUCUGUGGCUAAAAGGUCAAAAAUACCCAAUCAAAAUAAAAAUGCGCCAAAACUAUCGAUUAAAGAUGACCCGACUCAAUUUCAUGUCACAGCCCCACAAAAGAAACAAAUGAAACCAAAUCCAGCAAACCUUAAGGUCGUGCAUGUGUCAUCAAAAACCAAAGGUGGAAAGAAAUCUAGUAUUUCAGGAAGUCAAAAUGAAGCCACAUACAUUUCAGAUGAUAAAAAUGUAGAGCGAGAAGAAAGGUGUAAGCAGCUACCAUUGACGCCAAACAAACCACCUGACUCUAAAACAGUUGAGAUAAUAUCCUACUGUGCAUGGAACGAAAGUCGUGUUAAGAUAAUUAAGCUGAUCGCAGAAUGUGCAAUGGCUAAAAAACUUCCCUGUACACAGCGGUUAGACAAAUAUGAAAUUCACGUGGAAAAAAGGGAAGGGACUUUGUCGUUUUCCCCUAAGAAGCAGGUUGAUUUGAGAGCAACCAUCCAGAAUUUCUCUGACUUGGAAUGUGUAUAUGACAAGCCAAUGGUGCAAACUAUGGUGAUUGAAGCUGUGGUUGGCAAAUCUGCUUUUAAAACAAAACUGAAUCAUUUAAUAUCCAAGGCUUCCAAGAAUAAUUCCAACCAACCACCCGUCGAACAGAUUAGUUCACCAGUUCAUGUUGUGAUGGAUGUAGAAAAAAAUUCAUCGUCACCCGUAAAGUCCUCUGGUGUAACCAGUUGCACUGCCUCCCCACCCAAUAGCGUGACUAAAGAUAAAGCUCAAUCACUUCCCGUGUCGAUAGACCAGAAAAAGGAAGAUGUAAUCACUGCAACUACUGACGCUAUGGUGAAAAAUGUUCCCAAAGCCCCCACCCCUUCUAGUAAAUCUGCCGUCACUACAUUCCAGAAAAUUGGGGCUUUGAGUAAAGUGAUAACCAGAACAACUCUAACACCUACUUCAAGCUGCUUUGUGAAUCCUGUUGUAUCACAAAAUAAAACUGAAACCUCAUCCACUCCAAUCCGUUACCUUUUGUGUAAGACCAAUUCUUCUGGAUUGUCUUUAGGACCAACUGACUCUCUUGAUCAAGAUGGCCGACAGUGCUCCGUCGCCCUCCCAAGCACCUUGAAGCUACAGCCAGGAGAAAAUCUAAUGCUUCGGCCUGUUAAGUCUGCAGAUGGCCGACAGUUAUAUAAACACUCCAGUGGGAAAGUAUUCCAACUAGUUUACACCAAGCCUCCAGGACGAGUCCCAGUUCAACAGCCUGACAACCCUCAAUCAUCCAUUCUAGGAAGCUCUCCACCGGUCGAUGUGCUUGCACCUUCUACUGCUGCUGUCAAAGGUGAUGGUAACACUCCUCGUUGCAAAACAGCUGCUACAAGUUCCGAAUCGUACACUAAAAACAGUGUGGAAAGCAGUGCUGGGACAGGUUUAUCCACCUCUUUAUCUCCGUGUGACGUUGUCACCCAUGAUGGAGUACCGCCACAAAUUCAGAGUAGCUCUAAAGCUUGGAAUAUGGUGGAUGAAGUUUCCUCACUCCAAUCACUACAUCCCUUUCCAGAAGACACCACAACAGAGGUCAAACAACACAACAGACCACAUACUAUCAUUCCGAGGGCUGAUUGCCAGUCCAAACCAAAUAGUGAUGAAUUAAACAAUGAUACACCUGACUUAAAAAUGGAAAUUGAUCCAUUGAAAUUACCUGAGCCAGAAGAAUACAAUGAAAGCCCUGGUACUGUCGAAGGUUUUCCUAUGAAAAAUAGAGGCAUUACUGUCACUGGAACGUACGAAACAAAAUGGGCACCUGAGAUUGAGGAGCAUCACAAAACGACUGAUCACGCAUUACAAUUUAAAUGUGACCUUGAUGUCCACAACUCCAGAAAAACUCUCGUUAAGAUGGAGAAGGAGGUGUCGGAAAUAAAUUCCUCUGAGCUGGUUGAUCCUGACAGUUCUGAAAUAUGUGCCGUGACGGUAAAAGAGGAACCUUUGAAUGAAGAGGAAGGCAAUAGUUUUACCACGUUAAGAGAAGAUACGUUUAGAAGCUCCAAGCUCUGGAACCGAUCAUUCAAUUUAAAUACAGAAGCUGUGACUGAGGCAGAAUUGGGGGUAGAGACUCAUUCCAAUAGUAGAAGUAGAGUUGGAUUUGGAAAUCUGAUGUCCAAAUCAGCGAUACCACGAAAUUCAUCAACUGACAGUAAACUGGAUGUGCCACACAGGGGAUAUUUCCAGCCUUCGCAAUCGUCCAGCCACUCCACUCAAAGAAAGGCAUUUGAGUCCUCUGUAUUCUGUCAAGCUCGUAAGAAGGCAAUAUUACACAACAUGAGAGAACGAGAGUCCCGUAGGAUGAUGGAAAAUCGCUUUAAAAUACUAAAGAACAAGCUUUUUGAUGACCGGCAAAUUGCAUCAAAGGGUACAAUCCUUGAUGAGGCUGUUGAUGUAAUCACUAACUUGGAUAGACAGUCUACAAAUCUAACAAUGGAGAAGCAACUACUUCUGGGGAAACAAAAGAUCUUGAUGGAAAAGAUUUCCCUUUUAUCUGAAAUGGAACCAAUUGUAACACAAGGCAACACUGAAGCUGGUGAAAUAAUUGAAACUGGAGAGGCUGUGAGUUUCUCAAGUGAGAGAGAUUCCUCUUCUCAGAAUUCCUUCGGGAUGAAAUGGUACUCGGAAGGUGGUCCUUUGGAGGUCAUGCCUGAUCAUAGAGAAGAUAGUGGGGUAACUUAUGAGACUAAUUCAGCCAGCUCUGACGAUAUAGUUGCAGUUAAGGUUGGCGACUAUUUAAGUGAGAAGUAUAACAGUCAACUGGACUACCCUGCUGGUACUAACACCUUUUCAGUGAAAGAAGAGGACAUUAAUAACGAGGAAUGCUCCGCCUUCAAUUCACUAAAGGAACACUGUUUUGGAAGCUCUAAGUUUUGCAAUUUCUCUGAUUUUGGCACAGAUAUGGAACCGUUGGAUAAUAUCAACAUGGAUGCACAGGAGCAUGGUGACCCAGAGUACGGUUGGUCAGCAAGAAGGAAAGCAGCACAUCACAAACUGAAAGAAAGGGAAUCACGCAAACUGAUGGAGAGUCGCUUUAGUAUAUUGGAGAGCACAGUUUUCAAUAACAAGAAGGCCCCAAAGGGGGCCAUUCUCGUUAAGGCCAUUAACGUGAUCAGUGACUUGGAUAUGCAAUCAGAUAAACUCUCCGUGGAAAAGGAACUACUAAUGAAAAAGCAAAAUGAAUUGCUGGAGGAAAUUUCACAUCUCUGCCAUCCGAGGCCUGAGCUUAUUCAGGACCAUCUGGAGGAUGAACAAUUCAUUGGUGCAAGGGAGAUGUUGGACAUACAAGCCUUAACCUUCCAGAAAUCUUCUGAUACUCGGUGGCUUGAAAACAGUGAUCGUUCUGAAGAUUCACUCAUGAAAGAUGGCAUGGUUUCAAUGAUGUCAGAAGGGCAGAGUGAUGAAGGAGUUAAAUGGGAGCAAGAUGAAAUGAAGGUCAGCAGCCUGGAUACUAUCAAGAUGGCAGGAAACCUCAAAGAGGAUUUCCAGGAGCUUGUGAAUACUGAUGAUUUUGACCUCUCUACAAUAAGAAGAAAGUCUUGUAAUGGUAAAGAUGAAGACACUUUCUUCACUGCGGGGAAAGAAUCGUCUUUUGGAAGUUCUGAUUUUGGCAGUCAUUCAGAUUUCGACUUAAAUAUGGAUGAAAUAAACGAAAUUGAUGUGGAAAUAAUGACGCAUUCAGAGAGUGAAAUUAUGGAUUUUGAGAUGGAGGAUGGGGAAAUAAAUGACGGAUCCUCGUCGUCUGAGAAAUUAUGUGCCCCACUCAGGUAUGCUGAGGUGAACCAUUCAGCUGAAUUAGCUGACUGCCCACACCGCGAUUUGGACUUCGAACCUUUUGGCAUCUCUGGUCUCUAUGCUGCAGAAGUGAAUUUACUUGGGAGCCACAGUGCAUCUGAGCUGCGGACGUUUAAGAAGAGUAAAAAGAAUCCACUGCUGCAUUCUCUGAGGGAGCGGGAAUGGCGCAAACUGAUGCGGAAACGUUUCAACAAGUUGCGGACGCUGCUGUUUGAGGAUGAGAGGAUUUCUAAGCGAGCCAUCCUUGACGAGGGCGUCAAUGAAAUUGUGAAAUUGUGUCAACAAAGCCAAAAACUCUGCUUGGAGAAGAAGCUGCUAAUGAAAAAACACAAGGCGUUAUUAAAAAUAAUAUCAGUCCUUUCAGCAGAGAAGAAACUUAAGAAUGAGAAAAGUGGUGAGAAGAAUAGUGAGGAUUAUGAACAUAAUGGUGCCCCUGUUUCAACAGGACAACCUCUGUCAUCUGCUGCAAUGGAGACCAGUGAAGAAUCCACUCUGGUGCCAAUAGCUGGAACUCCUUUUCAUCUUCUCCUUGAGAAAAUUGCCGUUUCCCCUCAAAGCGAAGAGCUUAGAAGAAUCAGUCCCAUUGACCAUCCAGAAGCACCUGGCACAAAGGGACUAAUAUCGAGGAAUGCUAUGGUAUGCCACCAAGAGGAGACGCCUUUAACGUUCUCAGAAGAUUAUUUGCAUGCUUCACCAUCAUCUCAAUUGAGCAAGAUACUACAGAGGCAAAGUAAAAAAUCAGGCCAAGUCCAUGAUACAUUGUCAAGAGUAUUAGAUGUAGCAUCAAGAAACCUUACGACUGUGAAGGAUGAAAAAGAACAUGUGAACGCAUUGAGCCAGAAAUUCAAACUAACAUCAGACCUGUUGCCAUUCAAUGGAGGUCAACUUGAAAAGCCAGCACAAGAGGCUCUCUUUUGGUCAAAGUCAACAAGCAAUAACAGUUCUAUAGCGACUCUAGGGAAAGGUCAAACCGAUUCUAGGUCAGCAGUACAAGGGAAACUGCAGGUUAUCAGAUCAACAAAGGGCCAGAAUAUCCUACAGAAACUGGCCAAGAAAGUGCAGGAGGCUGGAAUAAAACCAUGGACAUGGAAAUCAAAACGAGAAGAUUCGGAGAACGUCCCGCAAACAUUGUUUGACAGUGCCAGCAAGUCGAUCCAGUGUUUCCAGAAGGCUUCCGUUGCCUCUGUCGAUGAAUCUCCCCUCACCCCAUGUGUCUACACGGAUAUGACCGAUGCGGACGGUAAAAACUUGCAUAGACUUCUGCCAGACCAAAUAUUGGAGCCGGGUCCAGCCCUGAAUAGAGGGGAGCUGGGGCAAAUGGACCUGGAUUCGGCCUCCUCCAGUGACUCUACCACAGGAGAACAUGCAGUCAAAGAGCCCAAAAUAUUUAUAUCUUCCGUAGAUAUUCAUUCUGCCAAUGAAGCAAAUGCAAAUGGAGGUUACUUGUACCUGGACUCCGCACAGUAGUGAGAAGGGUUCCUUAAUUGAGUAGCUCUGACUGUAACUAAUGUUGCUGGCUCUUCUCUUUCACUUGCACGCCUGUGCCGAAGAUUUCUCCAUGCCUUAAUGGAAGACUGGCCAGAAAGGUUGAGCUUUGUUUUGGGAUAGAUGAGCUGUGACUCGGAUUGGGCUCGCCUGAGGCAAGCUUCUGGAACAUAACAGCAAGGGCUGCACCCUGUGCUAAUGUUAGAUUUGACUCUUAUGUUUACACACGGCCUUUUAAAGCUGUUCGAGAAAGUCUUGCUCUGCUGCUUUUGUGACUGAACAAAGGCCAAGUUCACUUCUCUUUCUCCUUAUUCUGCCCUCAUCAAGGUUACUGUCUUUCCAGCAGGAAGAAUGUAAUCGGAGGGGUGUAGCCCUAGGAGCGGUUAGAACUGCAAGCUGCACAGCUGUUAACCUGGUUGCAAUAUUAGCAUUUGCACAAUAAGGUGAUUGUGGGAUGUAACUGAGAGCUGUGGAGUCAACCCAGAGUGAAAGUGGAAUGAUCUAUGUGAAGAAUGCACCCCCAAAGUUAAACUCCUGCAGAAUUUUGUAUUUAUGGAGAUACCAAUAGUAAAAACACACCACUCCGUCCCGCCACAUCCCAUCUAGAUUAUUAGUUGCCGAUUAUUUAAUGUGCAAAAGUAAAUCAUAAGAAUGUUUUAAAUGUGACCAAGUGGGCCCUAAGUCAACAGGUUAUUGAGGGUCUGUAGGAAUGGGAUCAUUUUGCAAGUUAAACUCUUGAUUUCUGAAGACUGGGGUCCCCAUUGUUCAUGUUUGCUGUGCGUAAACUAGUCGGGCAGGGACGAUAUCUUUAUAGUAUAAAGUGCAUUCCCUUGUAGAGAGUUAAUUUUAUACUAGCAUACAGGCUUGGGUCUUUAACAUGAUCGUAUAUGGAGCACAUUGCACAAAAACCUUCUCGCAAGAGUAUCCUUCUCCUUGUGCAGCUGUUACUUUUGUACAGCACUUAGCAAUUGUCAUUGACAUUUUUUUGAAUGUUCCAGAAUCUUACACUAAAGCUAAAAUGGCUGAGAGGAUAUCUUGCUUUUUGCAAAGUAGCUACUUAUGGGUACACUUUAAGUUAAAACGGUUAUAAAGUUUUCAUAGUUGUUAUUCAGGCCUGUCGCUCCCCGAAGAACUCUCCAUUGGGGUAACUUGACUAAGAUGAGUCAUUUUACUGUAAUUCCAAGUGUGAGGAUCUGCAGUGAUUUCCUUUUUGUGGUCCCAGCACUGGUUAUUUACAGUUCCCCAGCCGAGAACUAGUACGGGUCCUGUUUCCACGUUCUGAACGAACCGAUCAUGGCAUAGAUUCCCAAACACAGUAGUCUAGGUGAUCCUUGGGACUAUUCGGUGUCAUUAUGUAUUAAUGAACCAAGUUGGGCCCUGUGGUCGGCCAGUGUGAAUAAUGCUGCGAGUCUUUUAUCCACUCCAUCUUCUGUAGGAACCAGCAGGUCACUUGUGGUAUCUCUGCUGAUGAAUUGGACACUGCUCUCUGAAUGUGGAUUUCAGAUUUACAAACUUUUCACAUGGGUACAAGAUCCAUAGAGCUGGGAUAUUUGAGGAAUUGUAGUUUAGUGCAGAGACUUGGACCAUGGACAACCAUUUUGCUAACCAAUAGUUGGGUUGAGGUUAUGAUGUCCCUGUAUGUGCUUCUAUUUCUAGUGGUCCAGCACGUAUGUAUGUAACUCAGAAUUCGGUUCAAUUUGUACCACAGCGCCAGGUGUUGGUUUAGCGUUUGAGGGUCACGCGGUUUACAACGGUCUGUUUUAACACCGUUACCUCAGUGAUGGACGAAUCCUAAAUGCGAACACAAAAAAUGGGUUGAAAAAAGUUACCCAAAUGAUGGCAAACUGGAUUUAUUCCUUGUACAUGUUCCUUAUGAUCCCGGCUUAAAAUGUGGAGCCCAGAAAAAUCCAUUGGAACAUCUUUUGGUUAUGAUUGCUAGUUUCUGUAAUUUGGAAGAACUCCACUCCUUUAUCUUGCAUGAUUAUGGGGGCUAGGUGGACGAAAUUGGUCUGAUGUAACGUUUGAGUAUAUUCCUUGUGAAAGAAAGAUUUCUGGAAGUGGUGAACAGGUGACAAUACUUAUGCACAUUUUCAGUACUGUAACUGUUUCCCAAUGCUGCAUGUCAGGCACAUCUUGCCACAAUGGAUUUGAAGGGCCACCAAUGUUCUACCUCCUCAUAAUCUGACCUUGCACUGCCAUGGGGAAAUAUCCUCGGACAUCUUUUUUGUCCUGUUGCCCUCUUGAUCUGCUUAUAUUUUAUUUUCUGUGUGCACAGCCAUCUCUGGCAUUUGUUGUUUCACAUUUUGUUUGAAUGCUUUUUGAAAUUGCCAGCCCAAUGUAACAGUGCUUUGAAGUUCACGACAUGGCACAGUUGUGUAUCAUGCUAGACUUAACAAAAACAGGCUGUGUACAGUUUCUAAAAUUCCGUUGUAUAUUAUAGCUAAUCAUCAGUCUGAGGAAGGGUCUCUACCCGAAACAUCCCCAUUCCUUCUCUCCAUAGAUGCUGCCUCACCCGCUGAGUUUCUCCCGCAUUUUUGUCUAAGAUUUUUCCAGCAUCUGCAGUUCCUUCUUAAACUAAUCAUCAGAUAUGAUCAUUGCUGCAGAAAAAGUGGGACUGGCAGAAUUCAUCUACUUGGGUGGGAUUAGUACAUUGCAGAUGCUGCACUAAAUAUAUCUACCACACUACUGUUUAAAUGCUAGUCACCAUAAUCUCUCCGGUUGAAUGUGAACUACACUAAGAAUUAGUCGUCAAUAAUAGAUUGAAGUUUAGUUUUCGCUUCCAUUGUUUGACCAGGAACUGAAUCAAUAGGAUUUUGUCAGGCUAGAAAGUAUCGCGUUUUAAAGUAGAAAGUAGACUUAAAUUUAACAACAUCUACUAAUUUACUGGCCAACUUGUGCCAAGUCAUCUGAACCAUUACUAGCUGUUUAUA